ACGCGUGAACGUUCCGAGAGUUUACUUCCGGAUACGAACGUUCUUUUCAGAUUAAAAGUCCUUGACUAUGUCAGAAUGCUGUAACAUUGCUGUCUAGUGUUUCUGCCGUGUUCCAGCUGUAGACACCAAGGGAGCAGGAGGCUGCUAUCCGUAUUAAGACAGAGCCAGCUGGCUGAGGCGUGAUAGGGGCCAGGCUGCAAAGGAAUAGCGGUUCGGGUUGUAACUUAAUUUCAGAGUAUUUUGAUAUGGCACGUUAGCUUGAGUAGCCUAGUCUACCUCUUGAAAUAUUACAUUGUUUAUAUCACUUUACUACUUCUAUUGAAGAUCGUUUUUACGAUGACACUUUUGAAACGUAUAACUUUCAGUUUUAUUAUUACUGGAUAUAUUGCCCCUUACGAAGAGCGACGUUUUCGGAAAGUGAAAGUUGAUCGGAACAAAAUGGGAAUCGUCGUAGCUGCUGUAUAAUAUAAUCUCUAGUUUACUGAAGAAGACAAGUUUAUCUCCAUGCUGAAUUCUGUUGGCUCUUUUUUAAUUUCACAUUCUCAAGAAUGAAAUAGAUGCCGUUUAUAGGGGAUCCAGCUGGCCUUAGGCUAUUUUAUCUGGUUCAGGCUGUUGUAGUAUAAAGCCAUUCCGUUAAUAACACCACCUAUAAGAAAUGGCCGAGUUCGGGGAUCAUGAUGAAAUUAAGACAGUCUUUACCAAACCUGGUCAGGACGCCUUCUUGCCAAGCCACUUCUCUCCUGGAGCCGGUACUCCUGUUGUGGAGAUCAGGUGGUUCAGGAGCACAGACUGUAUUUUCCUGUAUAAGAAUGAGAAGGGCAGAGAGGGAAGGGACCAUGAGGGCAGGUUAAGUUUGUUCACACAGGGGCCACAGAAGGGAAAUGCAUCUUUGAUACUGAAAGACAGCAGAGAGUCUGAUGAAGGACUCUACAGAUGUCAAGUCCUUCAUGGAGAAAACAAAGAGGAAUCCACAGUGGUUUUAUACAUAUGUGAUCAAGAAGAGGCAGAAGUAGAUUUAUGGCACCACCGUUUAAGACAUGCACUUUCAGACGAUGACCGAAUGUAUAUGGAGGCAUCUGUACAUGCACUGGCAGAGUUGGAACCACAGAAAGAGAAAGAGGCAUCACUGAAAGAGGUAGAACAGCCAUUAAAAGAAGACAAAAGAGAAGAUUUGGAAGUACGUGAACAGCUCCUUAUAAUUAGAGAAAAGCACCUCGAAGAAAGGGAGAAAAAAGUUGAACUGAGAGAAAUUAAUGUGGAAAAGCGAGAAAACAAUGUUUACAUUAGGGAAGUCAAUGUAGAAAAGAGAGAGAACAACGCAACCAUCCGUGAAAAUAAUGCAACUACACGUGAAAAUAAUGCUUUUGAGAGAGAAGUCAAUGUAGGAAAGAAAGAGGCUAAGGUUGCAGAGAUAGAAACACAAUUAGACAAAAAAGCUAAGCAGCUCAAUCAAAGAGAAAAAAACCUGUUGGAGAAAGAAGAGGAGGCUUCGUCAGCAGCAACCCAACCUACAGUGCCUAUUCAGAGAAGAGCCAGUAUGGACCAUCCUCUGAGCAUGGAAAGAGGGAGUCAGACAGAUUUGCCUGAAGCUGACUAAAAAGGAGUGGAAAACCAUAUAAAGGUGACUGAAGGAAAUAGUCUCACAUUGGGUGGACUAGCUGUAUGGAUUUUAACAAUCCUAACAUAAUGUGAAAUAGACUCUUGUUUCUGGAGAUGCUACAUGUUUAGGAGACCGUAAAAAUUUAGUUCUUCCAUUUUAGUGCCAUACAUUUUUACACUGGACAGUCUGCAUAAAAAUCUUUUAUGUCUAAGCCAUGGAUAACAAUAUUUAUGAUCUCACAGUGUUUUACCAUUGUCAGUAUUUACAUUUCUGUGUUUUAAAUGUAGCAUGUUUUUUUUCUAGUUAUAUGUAGUUUAUUUAUCAGUUUUGUUUGUCACCUAAAACAUUGAGUUACAAGGUGAACCGUGUUUAGAAGCAAAUGGUUUGUCUAUGGGUUUGUGACAAUAAAGUAAUCAUGCUUCACA